CCGUCAUCAGUACGGAACAGAAAAUUGAGUUAAUUCUGAAAUGAGCGUAAUGAACGAAUGUUAUGACAAUUCUAAAUACUUUAUUUGUGUUCUCAGAUGGAGCCGAAGAAGAAAAAAUGGAAACAGAGACAGAUGGGCAGCAGCCUGAGAAGGUUGAAAGCAAAGCAGAGAGUGAAAUUGAGGAAGGUGAUAAAGUACAAGAAGGAGAAAAUGAGAGGAAUCCAGAAAAGGAACAAGAAAGUGAAGCGACUGCAGACCCCAAACCAGAAGAAAAGGAGGCAGAAGAGAACAAGGAGAACGUUGAUGCAAGCAAAGACAAAGAAAUGGAGGCUGGGAAGAAGAAAGUGGAACACGAGAUCUCGGAAGGAAACGUAGCUACAGCUGCAGCUGCUGCUCUCGCCUCAGCUGCCACCAAAGCAAAGCACCUAGCAGCAGUGGAAGAAAGAAAAAUCAAGUCCCUGGUUGCACUCCUGGUGGAAACGCAGAUGAAGAAGCUGGAGAUAAAGCUUCGCCAUUUCGAGGAGCUGGAAACCAUUAUGGACCGAGAGAAAGAGGCAGUAAGUAAUGGGAUGCUGAUCUGAAAUGGGGCUCAGUAC